GUCACUCACUAGGUAGCUUGACUUCACGUUAGCCAUAUCUUGCUGAUGCGCUGAACAGACACACCGCUGGCCUCAUAUCAGCAACAACCAUUAUUUUAUUUGGCACAGGCUCUAUUUUUUGAAAAGAAUCGAAGUGACGACUGUGGUCACAUAACGCUGCACUCCACACACACGCCGGCUCUACAACCUAAAGCUCGCUAACGUUAGCGUUAGCAAAGCGGCUGCAGGGAUGGCGGAGGUUCCCGGGACAUCGAGUGAGACGAUAACGGAGACUGUUGAAACUAGCACACCGCCGCCGCCCCAACAGGAGGGACGAAGCCUGACGAUCAAACUGAGGAAGAGGAAGACUGAGAAGAAGGUGGAGUGGUCCAGUGACACUGUUGACAAUGAGCACCUGGGCAGAAGGUCAUCAAAGUGCUGCUGUAUUUACGAAAAGCCCAGACAGUUUGGGGAGUCAUCGUCUGAAAGCGAGGGAGACGACGACGACGAAGGGUGUGGCAGUGCGCACUGCGUCCUGGGCCACGGCAGGAGAAACCACGAACAGGGAGGGUCUGGGGGAACCACAGCGCCCCCAAACUCCGGAGGCUCGCACAGCCAUUAAUUCAUAAGAUGUGGAGGCGAGAGUGUGAGUGGUUUGUCACCACAACUAUGGUGUAUUUGAAAACUGCACUUGUUUCUUUUUUCUUUUUUGAAGUUGAGUUUCAUCACUGAGGUAGAGGCAGGACUGGUGCUGUGUUCCAGUCACGAGUCAGAGAUUCCUCUGUUCCGCUGCUCUGUCGGGAUCUGGACACUUUUGUUUCCAGACGAGCCCAAAACAUAUGGAGGCGUUUAAUUGAAAAUCAUUAUCUGCGUUCGUUCUAUAAAUUGAAAACAUACGCGGUAUUGUGCCAUCUCUGAACUAUAUGAAAAACUCUAAAAAGGACUAAACUAAUGAUUUUUUUUGGCACAUUUUAAACACAUGCUAUGCAUUCAAUUACACAAGGCAGUAGGCAGGAUCUGGAGGAAACUGGUGUAUUAUUACAUUUGUUGGACAACUCUUUUAGACAUUAGUUGUUAUCAGUGCUGGAAUAGUGGCCUUUAAACUGACGGGAUGUGGAGAUGCAGUUGCUUAGUAACCACAGCCAAUAGGAACGCGCUCUUCCUCUCUCUUCCUCGAAACUGCCACAUGAUUAGUUGAACCCUCGCAAGCUUAAAGGAGGAGCUGCUCUCUAGUUCUUUCUCACUGGUUAUACGUACCCCAGCUUUAAUCUGCCAAAUAUCCUCUUAAAAACGGAGUAGACAUAAUUUAGAGAAGAGUCCAUCGCACGCGAGGGGGAUGUACAGUCACUGUUUAAAUCGACACAUUACUUUUUUAAUAUGUUCAUAUUUUAGGCUGUGAUCUGAAAAAAUCUUUGUUCAUUGACAUUAAAUUUGCUACAAAUCCUCUCAUGAAGCAUGUCUGUCACCAUAUAAUAUAAAUAUAGCGGUAAGAUGAACUGAAUAAAACCUGCAGUACCACUCGUAUGUAAUGAAACGGGAGAAUGGAGAGAAGCACAGCGUGUCAUCAAUGAACGAAAACAAACAAUAACACUCGCUCAGUACCUGUGUGGUGCUGUGCAUGGUGUACGGUGAUGUUGCCAUGGCAACACAACAUGGAUUAGUUGGCUAUUAAUUAUCUGAAACAGUUGACAGUUUCCCUUUCAUCAGUGGAAGCGUCAGCGUCUGACAGGAUUAUCGCGAUAUGAUCGUACUGCGGAGAAAUGAGUGAAAACCUGGCGACUUAUUCCUAGAACAAGGAGUGUUUGACGUGAGACAUGAUUGGACUUGAAUCGGCUUUAAUACUCUGACUCGUGCGACUGGACUCUGUGACGAUGACGCGUCUGUGGAACGCAGCACGUAGUCUGCAGUGGUGGACACACACACACACACACACACCUUUAGAUUAGACCCAGACUGCCUGUGCACAGAGUGGCACAGUUCACUGUAUAUAAAGCAGGACCUUUACUUUUUGUUUUAAUUCUUUUUCAUUUGCUGGGCCUAAUUCUACACUUGUACAUAUUUGAGUAAGUCAGGGUAACAGCAGUGACACAGCAUCAUGUGAGCGCUUGGAACAGAACAGGGACUGACUGAACACGGGUUUAAUAACAUUAUUAUUAUUAUUAUUAUUAUUACCACACACAUUAUUUAAAGCCGUCGUGUGCAACUUUGCAGUACAAACCUAUGUCAGAUGAGUUCACACGAUGUUUAUUAAGCUCCACGCGAGUGUGAGUCUUCUCAGUAUAGCAUCUGUUUUGUGUCUUUGCCGAGUUUUAAGCACUAUAAAUCAGUAUUGGACGACAGAUGCUGAUCUUCAAGAAUCAGGGCAGUUGGGUUUUAUUUUCUUGGCCAGUUUCCUUCGUAUCGUAAUAACCGAUGAGAUACAAAAUUGCUUAAUUGAGAUAAAAUGUAUUUAACGACAAUAAUCAUCAAUAGUCUCCCCAAUUUGCACUUUUCUGCGGUACUUAAAUAAAAUAUAAACUUAAUAUUAUAUAUACAUGAAACUUUGCAUGUCGCUGCAUUUGCAUUUAAACAAAACUGUGUAAACGUACCUAAAUAAGUAAUCAUUUAGGUAAUUCCAGUUAUUUAUGAAUAUGACAAAAUUCGGCCCAAUUGGCAACAACAUAAACGACAGAAUGAACACAAAUUCUUGUAUGGCUAAUGAAUAUGACUUAAUUACCCAACAACUACAAAGAGGUGAAUUCUCUCACAUCCAGAUACUUUCAGUACAGAUAAAUAUUAAGUUUGAACAUCAAACCUUUAAUUAGCCACGUGAGGAAUGAUCAGACUCAGUUAUAGCAGGUAAACGUCAAAGUUAAAACCUGUUGGUACAGGGUGACCUUGACCUUUCACAUUUGUCAUAUGCGUUGACGAUGAUCUAAUAUUUGCAGACGUUUUCUCUGACGCUAAAUUAAACAAAACAAGUCCUCUGACAAACAGAACCAGAGCGGUUUCCUGGAAUCAUUUCUCAACAGCCUGACAGUGAUAUUAUCAGUAAUGGCCUAAAGAGCUGACGGUGGUUAAAUUAUUCAAUUACCAUUACACCAUAACAGUGACUGUGUUCAUGCUGCUCUAACCUGGUGUUGGAACGACUGAAUCGGACUAACAUCAUGCUGUGUGACUGCAGUGUUUUAGUGGGAAAUGUGGGUGGUGUUGAGAUCUUUGUGUGAUUUAAAAAAAAAAAAUAAAAAACAAAAAAACAUGCAGACAUGCUGUAGUUCUGCUCAAAUCGUCAAAAGGCCAAACGCUGCCAGUUUGAUUCCCAAAGCUUUUCAUACAGUACAAAGACCAGAACCUGGUAUUCACAUCUGCACAUCCGUGCUAAGUUCAGGUCUGAAUGCGCUCUUAUCUACUCUGACGCAUGCCGCUAUCAUUCCUGAGCUGCACGAACGGCCAUCUGUUAAUUGACUUGCAGCCACUGCCACAAUAUUAACUCUCAGUGCGUUCACAUGCAUGUUAAAAGUCCAAUAAUUUGGUUUUCUUAAUGUCAUGUAAACACGUUAGUCUGACUAAAAUCGAGCUAGUCUUAGUCGGACUAACAUACUUGAAAAAUGUGACUCAUAGUCCGAUUAUUCCUACGUCGUAGUCGGACUGGAAUCGGACUUUGGAAGUCAUGCAGUGGCGGCGUAUUUCUUCGGACAAUACGACAAUUACGAGAACACGAGGUACGAAACAAACAGAACCCGGCAAGUUGUCCCGGUUGCCUGUCUUAGUCUGACUACAGCCUUAGCUCUAUUAAACUGUGCAUGUAAACGUACUGAGUGAGUGUAUAUUUGCAUAAAGGGCGUGGGUGUCCACGUGUGUUAACACCAGGUCUGAACGCGGCCUUAAAUCGUGGCUUCUUUUGUGUUCAGUUGGGACUGAUUUAACGGUCCACACCACUCUGUUCUCUCAGCCUCUGAGGGCUUAAGAAUCGGACGAGGCCUCAUUAACAGGAGUGCUGCCGGUGUUUUAACAUUUAAAUCCUCUGCUGUUUUUUCCAUCUGCUUGAUUGUUGUUGUUUUUUCUUUUUGAAGGUGAAUUUUUAGCGUUCACUGGACAAUCAGGAAAUCAGACUUCUACUUUCCUUUUUGUUUUGUUUUUUUUGGGGCAUCAGAGGAAUGUUUUGUAGAAUUGUUUCUUUGCACAUGUUGUUAAUGAGUGAAAUGAGAAGGGAGGAUGGUAUGGUGAAGUAUUAACGCACUCAUCCGCGCACUUGUCGGAUGAAACACCUGUCGCCUCCCAUUGAAUUCAGCUGCAUGACAGUAAAAGUGAAAUCUACAAACAUUAUAUCAGAGACAGGAGAGGUGACGAUGCAUGACCGCUACAAUAAGAUAAACUGCUCAACCGAGAGCCAACAGGCUCCUCCUCUUCCUCCUCCUCCACAGUCAGUGUCCGAGCAUUUUUGGUUUGUGACAUUGCGACUGUGGAUCACACGAUCUUUCACUUCACUCAUGCCGCUACUCUUUAUUUUUUCUGUACCAUUUAAAAACAUUAAAGACAUUGUUACAUAUGUACAUUGUUCUUGUACUGGUAAUUGCACCGUUCUGUAUAUACGAUGAAGCAUAAUUUGAGAGCUGAUUUAACGUGAAGUAAAGUUUUGAACUGUGAA